AUGGGUCUCUCCGGCUCCGGCGUCGCGUUGCUUGUGUUCCUCGGCCUCUGCACCGCCGUGUCGAGCUGGACGCCGCCACCGCCGCCUCCGCCGGAGAUGCUGCACGAGAGCUUCGCAGGGAAGUCGGAGUUCAGGACGGUGAACCGGAGGAGGCUGGGCGUGUGCUCCAACCCGAGCCCGUACCUGGCGAUCAGCGUGAGCACCGGCGGGGCGCCGCUCCCCGACGAGGCGUUCCUCAGGGUGACCGUGGCCGGCGUCCUCAGGCCCGACGCCGAUGACUGGGUCGCCAUGAUCACGCCUUCCAACUACUCCAGUGUCUCCGGAUGCCCUUUGAGUGGUGCUAACUACGUCCAGACAGGCGAUCUAGCGCAUCUCCCGCUUCUGUGCCACUACCCUGUCAAGUACUUGACGCGCGACCCUGGCUACCUGGGCUGCAAGACCGCGGCAUGCCAGAAGCGCGACGCGUCGGGCGCCUGCAGCGUCCGCACCUGCGCCGCCACCGUCACCUUCCACGUCGUCAACUUCCGCACCGAUGUCGAGUUCGUGCUCUUCUCCGGCGGCUUCCCGACGCCGUGUGUCCUCAGGCGGUCCGGCGCGCUCCGGUUCGCCAACCCCGGCAGCCCGCUCUACGGCCACCUCUCCAGCACCGACUCCACGGCCACUUCGAUGAGGCUUACCUGGGUGAGCGGCGACCGGAGGCCACAGCAGGUUCAGUACGGAGUAGGCAAGUCUGCUACUUCUCAAGUGGCAACUUUCACGCAGAAUGAUAUGUGCAGUAGCCCCUUGUUACCAAGCCCUGCCAAGGAUUUCGGGUGGCAUGACCCUGGCUACAUUCACACGGCCGUCAUGACCGGGCUGCAGCCUUCUCAGGCCUACACCUACCGUUACGGAAGAAUGCCACCAGCUGCGGGCUCACCCGAGACAUCAUUUGUGAUCUAUGGUGAUAUGGGGAAGGCUCCACUGGACCCAUCAGUGGAACACUAUAUUCAGCCUGGAUCGAUUUCUGUGGCCAAGGCAGUGGCUAAAGAAAUCCAGAUAGGAAAGGUCGAUUCAGUCUUCCACAUAGGAGACAUAAGCUAUGCUACGGGCUUUCUGGUUGAAUGGGACUUCUUCCUAAACCUCAUAGCACCAGUCGCUUCUCGAGUUCCCUACAUGACCGCUAUUGGCAAUCACGAAAGGGAUUAUGCAGAGUCUGGUUCUGUAUAUGUGACCCCAGAUUCAGGCGGCGAAUGUGGAGUUGCAUAUGAGUCAUAUUUCCACAUGCCAGCUGUCAGUAAGGAUAAGCCAUGGUAUUCAAUUGAGCAAGGGAGUGUUCACUUUGUCGUGAUGUCAACUGAGCAUAAGUGGUCAGAGACGUCAGAGCAGUACAAAUGGAUGAAUCAAGAUUUGUCAUCAGUCAAUAGAUCGAGGACACCAUGGGUAAUUUUCAUUGGGCAUAGACCGAUGUAUUCUUCCCAUGUCGGAAUACCAGUUAAUGUAGAUCCAAUUUUUGUGGCCUCCGUUGAGCCACUCUUGCUCAAGUACCAGGUGGAUUUGGUUUUCUUUGGCCAUGUACACAACUAUGAGAGGACUUGUGCAGUAUACCGGGGCAUAUGCAAAGGCAAGCCAAAGAAGGAUGCAAGUGGAAUUGAUACUUAUGACAACAGCAAAUAUACUGCGCCUGUUCAUGCCAUUGUUGGAGCUGGAGGGUUUAGCUUGGACAAGUUCCCUAAGAUUGUGUUGGACAAGUGGAGCUUAUCAAGAGUUUCAGAGUUCGGCUAUGCCAGGGUGCAUGCCACAAGAGCUGAUAUGCUGGUUCAGUUUGUAAGUUCAAUCACGAUGGAGGUUCGGGACCAAUUUAAAAUUGUGAAGCCAGCUCCGGCAAGGAGGCUACGGAACCAGCCAGUUCAACCGUAG